GCCCGCCUGGCUCGCGAGGGGAAGGGGGAGGAGGCCUGGAUGACUAAACCUGACAGAAACGCUGGUGGGAGGCUCGGGCGGGCGCCAGUGCCCGCGUAGGUCCUUCUCGACCCGCAGCCACCACCCGCCCGGUGACCAUGAUAGUGUUUGUCAGGUUCAACUCCAGCUAUGGCUUCCCAGUGGAGGUCGAUUCUGACACCAGCAUCUUGCAGCUCAAGGAAGUGGUUGCUAAGCGACAGGGGGUUCCAGCUGACCAGCUGCGUGUGAUUUUUGCCGGGAAGGAGCUUCCGAAUCACCUGACGGUUCAAAACUGUGACCUGGAACAACAGAGUAUUGUACACAUAGUACAGAGACCACGGAGGAGAAGUCAUGAAACAAAUGCAUCUGGAGGGGACGAACCCCAGAGCACCUCAGAGGGCUCCAUAUGGGAGUCCAGGAGCUUGACACGAGUGGACCUGAGCAGCCAUACCCUGCCGGUGGACUCUGUGGGGCUGGCGGUCAUUCUGGACACAGACAGUAAGAGGGAUUCAGAAGCAGCCAGAGGUCCAGCAGUUAAACCCACCUACAACAGCUUUUUCAUCUACUGCAAAGGCCCCUGCCACAAGGUCCAGCCUGGAAAGCUCCGAGUUCAGUGUGGCACCUGCAAACAAGCAACCCUCACCUUGGCCCAGGGCCCAUCUUGCUGGGACGAUGUCUUAAUUCCAAACCGGAUGAGUGGUGAGUGCCAGUCUCCAGACUGCCCUGGAACCAGAGCUGAAUUUUUCUUUAAAUGUGGAGCACACCCAACCUCAGACAAGGACACGUCGGUAGCUUUGAACCUGAUCACCAGCAACAGGCGCAGCAUCCCUUGCAUAGCGUGCACAGAUGUCAGGUCUUAGGUCACUGCAGGAAAGAGAUGGCAAUGGCAGGAGCUGUGUGAGCCUUUAGGCAACCAGAGAAAGAUAGCCUUCAUGAAUUUUCUGCCUCCUUCCACUUGAAAUGUUGCUACAUUCACUCCAUGGCGCUAAAAUGCAAGAAAAAAAAUCAAUAACGUCUCCUGCGUUGGUAUAAAUCAACCGUCUCUGUCUUCACUGAGCCCAACUUGCUCUCAGUGAUGCCACAUAAACACGGGGGUUCGGGGGAGUCCUGGUGUUCCUAGUCAAGCUCUCCUAGUCCCUCGUUUCUCUGCGGGUUCAUUGCUGAGAGUCCUCAGAGACGGUGAACUAUGACUCUUUGUUUGGAAGCUGCCUCCCUGGUAGUCAAGGAGUCGAAAUUUUGAAAAUUUUGUGUUCGUUCUUUUUCUGACUGACUUGUAAAUCCCCCGUUAUAAACAAGAUACUUUACCCACACCAAUGAAGACUGACUUUCUGUUUCCAGCCAGCUACACUCCUCAUUGUCCCAGCUCCAACCGUUUUGUUAACAGUGACUAAUCCCCAUUCCACAGCAACUGUCAUGUUGCAGUUAAAUCGCUUCAAGUGAGGCCUCUACCAGAUUUGUCACCCUUGGGAACAUCUGGGCGUACACAGGCCAUUCAUCUAAGUGUUACUCACAGACAUGCAUCAUGGCAUAUGGAACCUUCAGUCAUCCCCUGAAUUCUUUAACCAUCUUGACAUGAUUUGUCCCCAACAGUGACUGUGUCUCUGCUUCUUCCUUCCGUUUCUAUUUUCCUUCUUUCUCGCCCCAACAAGGCUUGCACAUCUCUCCAGGUUGCCUCCCCUGUCCUUACCAGCUACCAAAAUAGACAGGAAGCAUAGUAGUUAAUAGUACCAGGCUUGAAGAUAGCCUUUAGACCUCGGAUUCUGCUGCUCACUGCUUCUCUAGUUAGUGGGAAGCCCUCUACAUGAGAAGCCCUCUACAUUGUGCUUCGCCAUCGUGAGGACUGAGCCAACACCCAGAAUAUACUCAGCAAAUGCCUGUGUGGACAGAUGCCCAGAACGGUGGGUUAUGCCAGGACCUUCAAAGGGCCCAAGCAACAGCUCCGUCCCUGAAGCCCCACGCUGUAGGAUCUAGCACCUCAUGCUUCCUGCUUGUGCAGGAUAAGAACACUGUGCAGUUAAGAACACUGGAGGCAGGUGGCUGGGUUGUGGAAACUAAGUUUUCUCCUGAAAUUACCAACACUUGGUGAUCUACUAGGGACAAUCUGGUCACUCUGACCCCAUUUCCUAAGUUUGCUUUAUUUCUGAGCUGAUGCUAGUAACACAUAGGAUAAUUAAGGUAAGCAGAUGAAAAUGUUAAGCAUUUACCCAGUGUAAUAGCAGAAUGAUGUUUAUCGUCAUCCUUCUCUUGAGAGCCGGGUCAUAGUCCAUUUAGAAUUGAGGCUCUGAUCCACUUGGGUCUAUCUGAUUCUGAGCAUCAGCUCCGAGGAAACACUCUGAGUAGGGAGGGGGCAGGUUCCUGGAGGCAAAUGUGCUGUAACAGUAAUGGGAGGAAUAAUGUCAGCCCAUAAUUGCUUAAGACAUAACUGGGAGAGAAAUUGGACCUUAGUGACCCAAAAUGUACUUGGGAAAGAGAAGCUUUCUUGAGUAGGGUCACUUUCGACAUUUUAAUAUGGCUUUAAUUUCUAAAGUGCUGAGGAAGCUGUAGCAGGGCCUCCGGUAGGCUGAGCUCUCCAUAAGCAGUGCAGAGCAGGAGUCUGACAUUUGGGGUGUAAGCUUUUAACCUGCUCAUGGGAUACCAAGGCCUAGGGAAGGAAGGGAAUGACCUAGGCCUGAAGACCUGGCCCUGCUCUCUGAGGCACUCUAGACUCAGCAUGGUAUUUCUGUGGCCCUACUGAUUGGCAGUACUGAUUGAUGGGGCAGCUAUGAGGAAACCUGCCACACAAUGGUGGCUAGACUAGCUGACAGCUAACUGCUGCUUGGACAGAGGGUGAUUUUCAGGUAAACUGUCUGAUUACAUAUGUAUGUAUGUAUGUAUGUAUAUAUAUGUAUGUAUGUAUGUAUAUAUGUAAAGCCUAUAUAUAUUGUGGGCUCCUUGCUUUCAUAGCCCUCUCACAAAGUUUUCUAUUGAAUGUGUGACUUUAAAAAUAAAUGUAGAAGAUUUAUUUAUACAAUAUUAGGAAUGCUAACAUUUCCAUCUAUAUAAGUACAAACAUUGUCCUGCUUAUAUUUUAUUUAUGAUUUGCUUUUAAUAUCAUUCUCUCGUAUUAGCCUCUUUUACUGUGAGUGUUUUAACUGCUGGGUAUCACUGUAGUGAGUUAGUACUGUUUGUUCUUUCUGCUUUCAUACUGAGCUGCUAAUGGGAGUUACCUGUGUUGCAUCCCAUGGCUUAACAGUAUCUUUGUUGUAAACAUUGGUGACUGGACCUUCCCACAUGCUAAGAGACACUAAAAAGACCGAGUCUUCAUUUUUAUCAUCAUAGUUACCCUAACACAAGGUACAUAAGGUCACGUCUCUGACUUGAGAUGUCUCAGAACCUAAGAUAAUCAUGCUUUUGUGUGGGAAGCUUUUGUCUUUUCUGAGGUGGCAUGAGUACAUUAGGCCAGAAACAGAGACAAACAUGUUUGUGUUUUAGUACAGCAUUGGGAUUUUCAGAACAACAAUAAACUCACAAGGAUUAGCUGUUGUAGCAAUUUGUCCAAAUAGACUAAUAUCAACUUCCUUAUCAUAUAUCACAAAGAAUAUAGUAGCUGUUUCUGCAUGUAUACACAUGGGUACAUGUAGUUUACAGAACGAGUAUACAUUAAAGAGUCAGUAGCAGAGUCCAGUAGUUUUGGAAGCAGAUUGAGAAUCUGUAUUGAUAAGAUAGGAAUCUGGGCCAGAGUCUGGAGGGCAUUGCUGCGGGAGCUACUGAGAACCACAUCACAUCAUCCACCCAAGAAAGGCUGACUCAAAUAUAAGGGCAGGAAGUGCUGGGCCCAGGUGGAGUCCAGGCAGGCAAACAGAUGGAGAGGCAGGCAGUCCACUUGGCUGCCUCAACUGUAGUGGGCAGAGCUGAGCUGAAGUCCUAGGGGCAGCUGGGGAGGCCUCUGCCCGUUGGUCCCUGACAUACAACACCAGGUAUCAUAUGUUGGGUUGGUGUUUAUCAUACCAUUGCAGUGUCAGGUGUCCAUCUUGGGAUGGGCCCUAGUGAGGGAGUUGUACCUUUCCUCAGCAUGGUGUGCCUGAUCAGUUCUUAGACCUGGCUUCCUAGAUGUUUUUAAUACACUAACGUGGCCCCACAGUCUCAUCUCACCCUGAAAUAUUUUUUAUGGUGGCUCCCAGGAAUGCCAUAUAACAGUGUGUGCCUGUGGCUGUGACUGACAGAUAGUACGGUUUUAGGGUCCACUCAGGGCCUGUAGCCAUCCUCAAAUCAUGAUGGAGUCAAAAGCUGCUUGUAAGAUGCCAUCUUCUAGAUCCAGGAGCAGUCAGAGAGACCUCUGUUCCCACACAGUACUGAGGCACGUAUGGCACAGUCUGAUCUCAGCACUGGGGCCUCUGCCUCCAUUACUCACCCUGUGCUGGCCACAUACCUAAGUGCUGCAAUUUUAAAUAAGCUUUAAAAUCUGGUUGGAAAGGCAUAGCUCAAUUGCCAUUCUUUCAUAACAUCGUUUUGUCUCUUCUGUGGUCAUUCUUUUUUUGUUUUGUUUCAGAACACAUUAGUGUUUUACCAUCCAAAGAAGAUAAGCAAAUACGGGGGUCCCUAGAAUACCCAGCUCACCAAGAGAUAGGAUUUCAAUAGUUGUCAAAACCCUGAAAUCAGGACCAGCAAGAUGGCUCGGCAGAGGUGUCCUCUGAUCUGUACGUGCACCGCUUGGCUGCCCCCAUAGAGCAGAUAAGCAAAUGGAAUGUAUAUUAUAUAUAUAUAUAUACACACACACACAUACAUAUAUAUAUAUAUAUACAUAUAUAUACAUAUAUAAAAUCCUGGAUGAGCUCUUGCAGGCAACAGGAGCUCAGUUCCCAUUAAGUCGGGUGGCUCACAACCAUCCCUAACACCAGCUCCAGGCAAUCUGACACCCUUUGUUUUUAUUUGUUUGUUUGUUUGUCACCAGAGCUCACAGACACACACUCAAACAAUGACCCAUAAUUUCAUUAAUAAAUUAAAAUUUUUUUCGAAACUUGUAACUAGAGACUUGUACGUCUAGAAGCAGCCAUGGUUUCUAGUUCUCCCUGCAGACAGAAAUGCAGCCAAGCCCCAUGAGAAGGAAGGGUCUUUAGGUUUUGUGACUGGCUAUUCCACUUCCAGAGCUUCAACUCUGCUCUGACCUUGAUUUCCCCUUCAAAGCCAGUGUCUCUACUUUGAGAAACCCUCCAGGGCAACUUGCUGGGGACUUUUCCUUUUUUUCUUUCUUUCCAAAGCCUAAUUUCCUGAAUCUCUGGCUAAAGAGGAGGUUAAUAGUUUGGGGAGUUUGUUUACAGGCCAUUAGAAACAAUUAGCACAUGGCUGAGACUAAAGCUGUCUGAGAAUGCUGGAUGGCCUAGAAAGGAGGCAGACUUUAAAACAGCUAUUUUUAGGACCUAAUUAAGGCGGACUUGGAGAUGCCAUCCUCCCUAGCCAGACUGUUUCAUAUUUCAAUUAUCAAGAAUUCUUCAUUUCCUCCCACCUAAAUUCUGGCUCUGGUAACUUAAAGUUACAGUGCCUCGAAACGCUACUCACAGAUUUUCACACUCAAAAUUGUGAGUCACUCCACACUGCCUAACCUCGCCAAUCCCUGACUUCUUAAUAUCCUAAUUUCCUCACAGUCUCUCUGCUGCUACAAACACUUCCUUGCUCCGAGUCCCCAGGUCACCUGACACGUUGGAGGCCACCUUGCAGGUUCUUAGUUCUGAACAACCUAAGGCUACAGGCUCUUCCUGGGUGGGGGCGGGGUGGGCUGGGGGCGAGGCAGGGGUGAAGAGGGUCAGGUCAACCCUCAGUGACCUGUGACACCUUCUAAACCUUCUUAUUGUUUUGUGCUGAAGUCCCACUCUGUGUUAAACAUUUGAAUACACUCUGUUUGCAGCCCCAAUUCCUUUCUCUCCUCUAUACUCCCACAGCACUCACUGUGCACCUGAGGACUCCACAGGGACACAGGAAUUUGUUGAACUAAAUCUUACCAGUGCCCCCUCACUAUAUUUUGAUCUUGUAAUGACAUUUUCCAUUCCCCACUACUCUAAAGGUAGAAAUAACUUAAAGUCCAGUGGGAUCCAUUCAUAUUUUCUGUUGUAUACUUUAUUAUUAUCAUUAUUUAUUAAUAAACAGUUAUACUACUUAUAGCCUACCUCUAUCAUCUUGUCUUCUACUCUUACCCUGCAUUUUAGAGUCCAUUUUUCCUCCCCAUCUGUUUUGUAAACAUUUCAUUGUUGUGGGCAGGGCACUCAUUCUCAAGUGUGCACAUAGAGGUUCUUCUCACCUUGCACUUUAAUGAGCACAAUAGGGUGGAAUCCAUGUUCUCAGGCUUGCUUGGCAAGGACUUUCCUCUCCCUGGCUCCUCCUUUCUUUUUUUGAGCAAGCAGCACUUCUUCCUGCGAUGAGACUUUAGUUCAUGCUGUUUCGUCUUUCCUCCUUCUAAUGUGUGUGAGUGUUUUUCCUACAUAUAUGUCUAUGCACCACAUGUGUGUCAGAAGCCCUCAGAGGGCAAUCGACCCCUACAAUGGAGCUACAGACUAUUCAGAGCCACUACGCAGGGCUGGGAAUUGAACCCAGGAAGAGCUCCCAGUCAUCUCCCCAGCCCCUCCGUCCUUUCCCUCUUAAGUUUCCCCAGUCUCCCCCAACCUACAACUACCUUGGCCCCACAAUUUUGCCUAAUGAGAAUAUGUGUGUAUAUGAGUUAACUAAUAGAUGUCACUUACUAAUAUAUUAGCAUUUACUAAUAAUAUAUAUUAGUAUAAUAUAUAUAUAUAUAUAAUGCUGAAUCUAUUUAGCAUUGAUCGUAUGUAUACAUUCUUAGAGCUGACUGCUCAAGACUGGAUAAAAUAUUCAGGGCUUAUCCUUGGAGAAGGGGGACAAAGAAUGAACAUAGUUGAGGCUACUUCAUCAUUAUGUAACUGGACUGGCAGGAACUUGAUGUGUGAGGAGCUGGAGACUAGAGAUACCAUGCUGUAGCGAGCUCUGGGUGUAACGGCAGCUGCUGUGGUAUGUUGUAGGAGCAAUGGUGGUUUGGGAACGGGAAAGAAUGAUAACUUUUAUAACUGGUUGAAGAAGAUUAAGCCAUUUCUGGUGACAUUCCUGAGAAGGAUAGUGGCAGGAAGAAACCUAAGCAGUAGAAGAUGGAACCUAACACAAGAAAACAUUCUGGUAGAGCUUUAACUAGGAGCCACAUGGUUUUUGUUUUUUGUUUUUUGUUUUUUCAUUUAAAUGGUAAUAUUUAGCUUAACCCAAGGCAAUGAUUCUCUUAGACCGCAAUAAAGGCAGUAUAAGGAUUUACUGAUGAGAAAAUGAAACUUGACUUAUUAAACAGUUAGAAUAAAAUACUCAGAAAUAUUGUAAACUGAGCACAUGUUACUUUCAACUUUCAACCUACCUGAACCCGAGUAAAUGACUCAGGUUAGGUUGACCAUAGGACCCAACUAAUACUGUGUGAGCCUCCUAGGAAGUAGACACUCAGCAGUUGAACAGUCUAAAAGGAGCCGGGUGGAAAAGCCUCGGAUGCACCUUGUGUAAAUAGGAAACUGGGCAGGAACCAAGCAGGAAAUAAAACACAUGGGUGGCAGUCAGUCGGCCUGAGACAUGGAAGAACAGCAGACAGCUCCACACUGUCGGCAAGUGCUGAGCAGAAAGAGUCUCUCCAGCAAGGUCCUCUGAUCUCUGUUGUUGGUGACAAUGGUGACAGCGAUGGUAGACAAUGGCCCGUUGCCCAUGAGUCCCCUGGGCGAUGCCCACUGCACAUGACUCCCCAGGCCUUCAUCUCUAUGAUGGUUUGAGAUAGGCAUAACCAAGGCCAGAGUAGUUGAGAGAGAUGUGAUUCCAGUAUGUGCUGAAGCUGCCCUUUGUUGAAAAGGAGCCAUGGAAUAGUCAGGAAGCCCACAAACUAAUCAUACUCAUAUAACUGAAAUGAUAUUACUUUAUAAUUAGAACAGCGAAUUUUAACUACUCUGGAUACUUGACUUAGAAAUCACCACAUUUUACUAUUACUUGGGUAAUUUUUCCAGGACAUUGACUUGCUGGAAAUAAUGUAGAAUGGAUCAAUGCUGAAUCAUCUCUUCUUGACUCUUCAUAGCUCCAUGCUACAGCAUAGAACUUAUCACAUGAAAGCGUUACACCACCACAGAAAACAGCAACUUUUCUUCAUUAGGUGCUUUUCCCCCAAUAAUUAAUUAAUUGUUUAGCAUUUACAGGGUGACCUGGUAUAUCAGAAGAAGAAAAGAGAAAUGUCUUUUUCUUCUCUGUAGCUCCUAUGUGGGUACUUAACCACUCCUCUGUUCCUUGAGUGUGUCACACCUAAUGCUGCUCUUGUUCACCCUUAGAGCGUAGCCAUCUUCACCUGUGCGAUAAUUGUCACUGUAAGUGACCACGAGAACACAGUCAAGUGACAUACUUCACUCCCAGUUCUUCUCAAACCAUAGUGAGAAACUAAUUUUUUUCUGAUGUGUGUGACCUUACCUUUGAAACUUAACACGGACUGCUCUCCAAUCAAGGACCAUAGUACCUACAGAGGCAACUCUAGUAUGACUCUAAGAACAGGAACAAUCUUAAGUAAAUGAGACUUACUGUUUAAUUUUGUUCACCAUUGACCAGAUGUGGGCAUUUUGGGUGACUGAAGCCAUCUGAUCUACACAGGUGCCGCCUAUAUAUAUAGCAUCUGGCUUUGAUGUUAACACAUUCUGGGUUUUGUUUUGUUUUUUUCCCCUCAUGGUGCUAGAACACACACACAAAAACACACACAAAAAUACACACCAAGAAGCUGGACAGUCAUUGCUUGCGAUAGAUACUUUGAAAAGUUUCUGUUUGGGCCUACAGUAACCAAGAUUUUUCCAGUUCAGUUUCUCCUGUAGUGUGUUUGCCUGUUCAUCUGUUCAUGUGUGUGAAUAUGUGUAUGUGUGUAUGUGUGUGUGUGUAAAUAUAUAUAUUUUCAACCUCAUUUUUGGCCGCUAGACUUUGAAAUCAAUCUUGAUAUUUUUCCACUGUUGUGGCUCUAAACCCGAAGUUGCUUACACUGACAAGACAGGCAAUGAUAAUCCCCUUUAAGUAUAAGUUGUGUGUGUAAGGUCAAGUAAGAGGCCUUGUGGAAAGAUAAGAAUGCAAAUAGCUCAUUUUCUCUCACGUUUGUAAAUAAAGUAUGUUUUCUGUGUUCUUCUUAGCAUUAAACAGGCUGGCAAGACUUAACCUUUACAUCUCUACCUGUCCAAGAAAGUUAUUUUUGUAAAAUGGAUUUCCUAGCUAUGUCAAAAUCAAUCUUAGGAUGCUUGGUUCUUUGUGUUAUAAGGACUGUGUUCAAAACACUAUGGUUUGGGACCUAAUCUAUUAUCCAAUAGAGAGCUUUUGUUUGGUUUUUGGUUGGCUGGUUGGUUUUCCCACAGUCCUCUCCUGUGCUCACUGUAUGGCCCCAAGAACAGAGAUUCUCUCUCUCUCUCUCACUCUCUCUCUCUCUCUCUCUCUCUCUGUCUCUCUAAAACUGAAAGCCCCUGGGGAAUAUGGCAGCACAAGGAGGCAGGCACAGGAAACACACACACAUCCACAGACCCCACAGAGAGAGACACACACACACAGAUGGAUAGAGGCAGAGAGACACAGAGAGAGAGACAGAGACAAGCACAGACAGAUACAGGGACAGAGAGAAAGCACAGAAGGAGCAAUGGGCCUUAAUUCUGAUGAAUCUAAGAUGGCUCAGAAAGAAGGCAAAAUGGGAGUGCAGUUACUGUGUAUAAGACAUCACCUCUGUCCCCCAUAAUGCCUUGCAAGAGAAUUGUGAGGAAGACCUGGAGUGGGAGGAGCCUGCAGACCAUUCAGAAAACCCCACCCUCUCCCUCUCUGCCUGUCUGACUUUCAGACUGCUUAAUCCUCUAGUAGUACAUUGAGAACAGCUAUGUUGAAAGUGUAUCAAAGAACAGAAUAAAGAGAGCACAGAAUGUGUGUGGAGCAGGUAGGGUGGACUCCUCCCUGUAGGCUGUAGAGCAGACAUGCAACCCCUCCUUCACUUCCCAGAGGCCUCUCUAAACCAUCAUCAUUCUCCAGGUUACAUGCUUGUCUUUCUCCAAAUACAUUACCUGUAUCCAUCCAUACAGUGUACCUCUAAAAGAUACUUAUUCAUUUGUCAAAUAGGAGCCAGAUAAGUAAAAUAAAUGGCAACUGUCAUUUUCCUUCCCUGCUCUAACCCAAAGCUUGGCACAAUACAUCAGUAGUGGCUGAUGACCGACAACAAAUGAGUUUUGUGAUCCGUCCAUCUCUCUCAUCUGACAUAAUCAUUUUAUUCUUCCUACUAUCUUCAUAAAGGAACCCCAUAUUGGCAGGAGCACCGUCAUAUGUCUGUAAUAAGGUGAUGGACAGGGGAUUAAUGGAAAAUUGCUGGGUUCACUCUCAAAGUUAAGAAGCCCCAAAUAUCUUAAAACUAAAUGAAAGCAUGUUCCUCCACCUUAAGAAGAUAUAGAUGGAUGGAUAGAUAGAUAGAUAGAUAGAUAGAUAGAUAGAUAGAUAGAUAGAUAGAUAAAGUUUGGUGGUGUUUCAGUGGACUCAAAAGGUGAGUAGAGGCUCUUUUGGCAAAAAGGGCCAUCUGCUACCCAGAUAGAAAUAAAGAUUUCUUUCCUUCCUUCCCUGAUCAGCAGCCUUUCAAAUGUCCAUCUCAAAGUUUCUGCCUCAAAAGGUAUCCUUGUGGUGGAUUUUCCAGCUCUUCUCUUUUCCUGGGCUUAGGGGAGGGGGUGCUAUGCUCAUGCACACAGAUACCCAGCCAUCUUACAUUUCGGUUUCAAGCUUAGUGCUUCCAAAUAAGUAAUAGGAACAAUGUCCUCAAUCGCUUUAUUGCUGUAAAGGUGUUCACAUCUCUUGAUCAAAUCUCUUGAGUUUUCACAUUUGCAGUAACCACAACGAGCGCAAUCUGUGAUGCAAAAGCUGUGCGGGGAAUUUGAAUUGAAACAAAAGGAAGCAUCUAAGAAGAAAGUGAUUUCAAUUUUUUUUUUCAAACAGCAAUAGCAUGCCCUACCUUUUCCCCAAGAGGUCCUCGUAGUUGUAAGAAGAGGAAAAAGUGAUCUGUAAUUGUAAUGACUGCAAAUAUGCUCCAGGAAAUUUGCUAGCUGGAGUGCUUAUUUCAAAUUAUCUAUAAUUUAUACCUAUAGUGUGUGUGUGUGUGUGUGUAUGGUUGUUGUUUUUUACUACUCAUGCUAGAGCUCUCUGAUACUUCAGUGAAGAUAAUGUAUUUAUAGAAAAACUUGUAAGA